AUGAGGGCAUCUGGUAUGCUGCUCUUCGCCUUCGUGGCGCUGGCCUCGACAACUGGCAUACCAAAGCUCGCCAAAUAUGACGAUCUCCCAGGAAUGAUAGGAGCAUCGCAGCUCAAUCCCGUCGGUACCUACCUGGGGUUGACCUACCGCUCCUUCAACGUAUACAAGUUUGGCUUGAAGGGCGUCGCGGUGUCUGGCUUCAAACCAGAGUCCGCAGAUCAAGCGGCAGGGAACAGCAUCACUGCCAACGUGAUCACUGGCUCUCCGGCUAUCUAUCCAGCCGCGCCAUAUAAAAGCUUUGAUUUGAAGUCGCUCUACUUCGGCUGCAAUGUGAAUACCGCAACCAGUGCUGCUGGCCUCCCUGAGCAAUGCACGAUAGCAUUUACAUCCUACCUGCCCGGUAGCAAUGUAGCGUUCCAGACCAUCAACCAGCAAUUCGACCCAACAAACGCCGUGCUGUCGGACUUGACGAAGGCUGUAUUCCCGGCCUCGUGGUCCAAGAUUGGCAGGGUCUCGCUUGCGAUCGUCCAGUCGACGUCGACCACGCCCCUCGCGGCGUUCAUCAUUGACAAUGUGGAGUACAAUCUCUACACGUAG